AACAUUGGUCUUGUUCUCUCUCUCUCCCAGUGCUUGUCGAUUCGCCGUCGAUCAGAAUCUCGCGUCGCUGUCCUUCAGUUCUCAAUCCUUCUAUUCUUUCACGCCGGGAUUAAAAAAAAACCCUAAUUUAAAGUUUGAAGCUUUCGGAUUGAAUCAUGCGAUGCAAGAGAUGCAAUGGAAGCAACCUUGAACGCGAAGAAGGCACAGGGAAUUCGUAUUGCGGUGGAUGUGGGACAUUAUAUGAGUACGAUAAUUAUGAGGCUCAACUUGGUGGUAUUAACGGACCUCAAGGUACAUAUAUACGAGUAGGCACCAUUGGUGUAGGCUCUGUUCUUGCUUAUAAGGAUAAGAAGAUCUAUGAAGCCAACAAAUUGAUUGAGGUAAUCACAGAGAGAUUGAAUCUUGGGAACAAUGCUGAAACGGUUAAGAGUAUGAUUAGUAAGAUCACUGAUGGUGAAUUUGGACAAGGUGAGUGGUUUCCGAUUUUGAUUGGUGCGUGUUGUUACGCUGUGGUGAGGAAAGAAGGGAAAGGUGUUUUGCCUAUGGAGGAGAUUGCUAAUGAAGUUGGUUGUGAGUUGCAUCAGUUAGGGAGUGUGGUUAAGCGUGUUGUGGAUCAUUUGGAGUUGGAGUUGCCUGAGUUUGAUCUUGUGGGUUUGUUUAUGAACACGGCUAAUAACUCGUCGAGGUUGAGUGAUGUUGAUAGGGAAAAGAAGGAGAGGAUAACAAAGCAAGGAGCUUUUCUGAUGAAUUGUGCACUCAAGUGGUUUUUGUCUACUGGGAGGAAACCAAUGCCUUUAGUUGUGGCUGUUUUGAACCUUGUUGUUCAGGUUAAUGGUGUUAAGGUAAAGAUUGAUGAUUUUGCUAAAGAUGCUCGGGUUUCGUUGAAUACCUGUAAAAUUCGGUAUAGAGAGUUAUUGCAGAGGCUUGUCAAGGUUGCUGAAGAAGUGCGUUUACCUUGGGCUAAAGAUGUUACUGUGAAGAAUGUUGUGAAACAUUCAGGGACUUUGAUUGGUUUAAUGGAAGCCAAGUCUAUGAGAAAGAGAAAACACGGGACAGGGGAUGAUUUAGUUAGAACUGAUGAGUUUUGUUUAGAAGAUAUAGUGAAGGACUGCCUAAGCAAAAAACCCAUGUACCGUGAUGAUGAUGCUGAUGAUGAUGAUGAUCACCAAGGUGCUAUGUCUCGGUAUUUUGAUGUAGGAGGUGAACAUCAACUAAGUAUAUGUAAUAACGAUGGUGAUAUAUCAGUGAAACAGUUGCCUACUAUGUCUCGGUGUUCUAGUGCAGGAGGUGAAAAUCAGCUAAGUUUAUGUCAUAACAAUGAUGAUAUAUCGGUGAAACAGUUGCCUACUAUGUCUCGGUGUUCUAGUUUAGGAGGUGAAAGUGAGCUAAGUGUAUGUAACAAUGAUGAUAAUAUGUUGGUGAAACAAUUGUCUACGAUGUAUAAGGAAUAUGUGGAUGGAGUUUGGGGUGGGAUUCUUGGGAAAAUAAGUCAGGGAAACAAUAAUAGUAUGUUGCAAAAGAAAUCGUUUUUUCAGAUGGUUUCUUGUGAAGAUUGGUGGAAAGGGAGAUCUAAACUGAGUCAAAGGCUUCUGCUUAAGGAAGUGUUGGAGAAAGAUAUAGGGCUUGAUGUUUUUCCUCCUUCUUACAUAAAGGGUUGUGUUGCAGUCGAAAGACGAAGAGAAAAGAUUGAGAAGGCUAAGUUACGGAUUCAUGCGAUACAGCAUCCUUCUGACAUAGUUAGUGAAGGUGCAUUGUCUUUGGAGCUUGAACAUAGCAAGAAGAGAAGGAAGAAAGGAACUGAAAUUGAUUGGGAGGAUUUGAUUAUCCAGACUCUGGUCUUACACAAUGUGAAGGAUGAAGAAAUUGAAAAGGGUCAUUACAAAAGUUUGCUAGAAUUGCAUGUUUUCAACUGUGGAGAGGUUUGAAAAGAAUUAUUUGUAAGCACUGAAUCAAUUUUUUUCAUUUUUUUUAAGGAUAUAGAAAUGUUUCUGAAUGCAGAAAUUAUCAAAGCAAGCAUCACAAGACGUUUCCACAUUCCAUGUAAAUGUUUCUCUGAAGAUGAUUAAUAAGAUAAACUACUUGUUUCUUAAUAAGCCCUUACAAACCCAUUAAAAAAGAAAAAGAAAAAAAAAA